UUUCAGAUUUUUAAACAAAACAAAGAAACUAAUUUCAAUUAAAAAAAUUGUGGAUAUUUUUAUGAAAAUGUUUAAUUAACAAGAUUAGACACUAUAAUUUUGAAAAUUAAAGUUUUAAAUUAAAGGUUUUUAUAAAUAAUUACAAAAAUUCAUGAAGGCAUCAUAGUUGUAUGGAACAUGAAAAUUUUAGGAUGAAAAUCAACUGAGUAUGUAUAUACGUUUUAAAAGAAACAAGAGGAACGCACAAACAUUAAACUCUAGUAAACAUUACCUUAAAAAUAAACUCUAAAUUCUCUAGAAAAAUAAAAAAAAUCAACAGAACAAACAUAGAAAGCAAACUACACAGAUGCGUUAAAAGCCCGACAAAAAUAUAAACAGCAAAUACAAACUAACAUCACUUUAUAAAGAAAAAAAUUUUCCAAAUGGUGCUUAUGAUCCAGCCGCUUAUACACCGCCAAAUAAAAGACUCGAUUAUUGUCAAUAAAAUUUUAUAACAAAUCGCAAGUAACAAAAUCACCUACAAAUUGCAUAAAUUUUUUUGUUAACAUCUAGCAACAAUUAUAAUUACUAUCUUUACCGUUAUAUCCAGUAAGAAAACAAAAAAAACAUUUCAAUAUCAUCUGUCAAAUAAAUUUUUAAAUGAACUGCCUAUAUUUUUUCUGCAUGUUUUUCCUAUUGCAAUGAAAAAGUAUUAGAAGAAACAUUUGGAGAACAUAAAGUCAACUGAUUAAAUAUUGUGUUCAAAGCAGAAAAAAAACGUGAAUCUUUCAUUUACGUCAAUUACCUCAGAAGAAAAAAAAACAAAAUCAUGUAAAUAAAGAACAUUACUAUUAAUUUUAAUGAAACAAGGAACAUAAAAACUAAGCAAAUUAAAAACAAAAAAAAAGUUUAUGUAGAAUUCUAUAACUAAGUCAAUUAGAAAGCAAAAAUAAAAAAACACGGAAUAAUAAUGCCAACAGGAAACAAUGAAAUUUUGGAAGAAACCACACAAAUUACAGAAGCAACAACAGAAGCAAACGCUACACUAUCUUCAGCUUCUAUAAAUAUGCAAAAUAUUGACGAUGAUAACAAAGAUAAUUCAUCUGGAAAUAAUGAUACAAAUGGUAGUAACAAUGACCUAAAAGGGCAAAUAUGUGGCACAAAAUUGCCCACAGGGACAUUUGAUCCUACACCAUAUAUACAAAGAGCACGUGUAACACGUCCAGCACCUCCAAAGCCAUCAUGUAAUCCAAUGCAAUUUGUACAAAUCAAACCAUGUAAUUUGUAUCAAAGCGCACAGGAGCAAAUAAAAAGAGCCGAAGAGGUUAAAAAAGUGAAGGAAGUCAAAAAAGAGGAUCCAGAAGAUUGGCAAAAUAAUUUGGAUAAUUGGAAAUCAUCAAGAAGAAAACGCGUUGAACAUAUUAUCGAUAGAGUUGUUGAAGUUAAAAAACUUGAAUUAGAAGAACAUGAUCGUUCUAGAAGAAAAUCAAAAACAUUUUCAGAAAUGUUGGAAGAAAGAACUACUAAAGGUCGAACAAACAAAUUGGCAUCAUUGGCUGUAUAUACCGAAGAUGAAUCAAAUGAUUUAAGCGAUUUAGGAAUUGGAACAAGUAGUACGAGUGGUAAAAGCAGUCUAUCAGAGGAUUACGAUAAUAAUAGCGUUCUGAGUGAUAACGCUGACACCGAAAAAACUCCAACAAAUUUCAAAAGCGAUAAUAACUCAAAUGACGGUGAUUUAAGUGAAAACGGUGGUGCAACAAGAGAAUAUAUAUCAUCACCUGGUUACGAUACAUCUUCAAGUACGGCACCAGCAAGUUCACCCGAUCCAUGUGAAUAUACUUAUGAAGGUGCCAUUGAAGAUUAUAAAAGUCGCAUAUCAAAAGCUGUAGCAUCUUCAUCUAAAAAUUCUUUUAAUAAUAAUAUCAAUAAUAACAACAACAAUAUUACAAAUACAAAUAAUAAUAAUAAUAAUAUGAACUCGAACGCUAAUAUUUAUCGCAAUAAUAAAGAUUCAACAAUACCUGAACGAACGUUAGAACAAUAUUUACCACGUCGUAUGUCUGGUACUAAAAUUGAAGAUCGUUUGAUGAAUUUUGAAAUUAAAUCAAGCGGUGAUGCUAACGAAUCAAUAUCAACUUCAAAUAUAUCCAAAAAAGAUUUACCAAAAGUUGAUAUAUUAAAAAGAAGAGAACUUUUUGAAAAAGAAAAUAGUCCAUCAUCAUCAUCAAAUGAUACCCCAACGAAAGAGAGACGAUUCUCUGGUGCAACAGCCGGUGCAGAUAUACAAAAUACAAAAACAAUUCGUGAACGUUUAUCUUCACUAGAAAAGAAACCAUCACUUGAAGAAGAUAAUAAAAAGAAAGUAAAUCGUUUAUCAGGUGAUAUAACUAGCAUUAAAAAUCGUUUACAAAAUUUGGAACAAAAUAAUAAUCAAAUUGUAGAUAAUAAUACAACAUCAUCAGAUAAAGGAACCAGAUCAUUAGCAACAAAUAAAAUUGUUGAUGUACCAGUACUAUCAUUAAAAGAUCGUUUAUCAAGUUUACAGAGUGCUGUUGCCAAAGAAGAAAUUAAAAAACCAGUUAUGCUUAUCGAUGAACAUCAAUUGGAAAUUCUUAAGAAAGAAGAUUUUGAAAAACAACAAGCUCUUAAACGAAUAAGUAAUAUAUCGUCAAAUACAUCAUCGACAACAGGAACAACACCAAAUACAAUUAUAACAAUCAAUACUACACCAGCUAUAAAUACUGAUGAUGAACAACAUUCAAACAGUUCUCAUGAAAUUUUAAGUAUACCAGAUGAAUCGAAUGUUGAUACUGAUCGUGAGGAUAGUGGUAUACAUACAACUGAUGUUUCUUGUUCUGUAUCCCAAACUGAUGAACAAGCGGAAUUAGUUAAUGAAGAAAAUCAUCAUCAACAUCCAAUUAAUAUUGAUAAUUUGCAUCAUCAUCAUCAUCAUCAUGAUCAUGAACAUCAUAAUAAUCUUCAUCAAAAUAAUAAUGAUCAUCCGGAACAUAAUUCACAUAAGCUCCAUAGUAUUUCUAAUAAUGCAACAAUAAUUAACGAUACUGAUAAAACUAAAUUAUCAUUGGAAAUUGUUGAUCAAAGAAAUUCAACAAAUGAUCAAAAUAUUCUUAGUAAUCAAAAUAAAUUUAAUAAUGCUGUCAAUAAUAGUCUUGAGUCACAUGAAACAACAACAGAUAAUGACGUGGAUAUAAGUGUCAGCGAAGCUAUUGAAAUGGCAUUAAAAGCAAUUGAUACCGAAACUCCAGAUGAUGAAGAAAAACCAAAAACAGCAUCACUAAACAUCAAUGAUGAAGAGCAACAGCAAAAAAUUUCAACACAAUUAUUAUUAGAAGAAAAUGAAAUAUCAACAACAACAACUACAACAACAAUUAUAACAAAUCAAUUUAAUAAUAAAAAUGAGCCAAUAUAUGAAAAUUUUAAUGAUACCCAAAACGUAACUAUGUCAGAUACAAUAAAACAAAAUUCAUCUCCAAUAAAACAAAUACAAACUGCAAUUACACAGCAAAAUAAUACACAAUUAAUAGGCAAUACAAAACAAUUACAAGAUGUCAAUCCAAUUAUAAAUGCUCUAGCUGCUACAAGCUUAAAUUCAUAUCCAAACAUAAAUACAAAAUUUAUUUUAAAUGAAACGAUUACAAAGCCAACACCAACAAAUAUUUUAGAUGAACCAUAUUAUUCUGUACCAAAGCCCUCUGAACCAUAUUAUGAAGUGCCAAAAGCUCCAAGACCAAUACCCGUUUAUGAAAAUAUCGAUUUAUUUUAUAAUCAAAUUAGUUUACAAACUGAUGAUGGUAAUCUAACUGCUAUGUUUAAUAAUAGUAAUAAUGUAAAUGGUAUUGAUAGUUUAGAACCACCAAAAGAAAAACCACCACCACCACCAAUCGAUGAUUUAAGCGAUAAUGAUGCUGAUGUUGAUGAUGAAGAUUUAAAUAAAAAUGGUUACGGUAAUGAUUAUCAUACAUACGAAACAAUUGAUAAUCAUAAAAAAAAAUGUAUAACAAAUUCAGUUGACCAAAUUGAUGGUAAUAAUAGCAGUAAUAAUCAAAAUCAAAAAGAUAUUCAAAAUUAUAAACCAGUUAAACGUAUGAAUUCAACGAAACGUAUUAAAAAAGAAUUAAGAAAUAAACGUUCAAGCUUCUUAGGUAUUGAAGGAACAAAUGAUGAUGAUAGUUUUUUAGAAUUAACAGUUGCUCCACCACCUGAUAUGGUUAAGUUAUUACAGGAGGAGAGACGUUUAGAAAAACAAUUAUAUAUAAAAGCGGGUCUUUAUGAUAGCUCAGAUGCAGCCGAUAGUCGCGAUUCUGGUGUUUCUGAAAAUCAUUCACGACAAAGUAGUGAACCAUUUACGAAUUCAUCUGAAGAACAUGAAGAUCUUCUUAAAAAAAAAGAAAAAGAAAUAAUAGAAGUAUUGGAAAAGGAAGAAGAAAAACAAAAACAAAAUAAAACUGAUAAUUGGCAAGAAUCUCAAUCGACAUCAGAUCCCGAAACAAAAAUGCAGUGCAUUGAAGAUCAAAUAAGAGAACAAGAAGAAGUUUUACGUGUUGAAAGGGAACUUUUACAAUUAGAACAGGAGGAACUUAAACGUCAACGCGAAAAUUUAAUGUUAAGAGAAAAUAUAGCACGACAAGAAUUACAACAUGGUGCAAAAAUGUUAAUGUCAGCAACAAGAAGAUCAUUAUUAGAUAUAAAUACACCAAUUCCACAAACAGCAGUUCAACAACAACAGCAGCUAUCUUCUAAAUUACCAAUAGAUGAAAAUCUAUCGUCUGCAACAAAUGUUAAUCAUUAUGCAAAUUUACCAGCACAUCAAAUAUAUCAAUGUGUUGAAACUGACUAUCGUAAAUCAAUGUCAGAUCUUAAUGAUUAUAGUCCUUCAAGGCAAAUGGCACAUAAUAAUCUAAGUAUUGUAACAACACUUACAUCAUCAAUACCGGCUGCUCCAGCAAAACCAAUACGUUCAAGUUUAAGUAUAGAUGCUGGAAAUUUAAAAACAAUUCCAAAUGGUCAUAUUCCAAAUUAUAUACCAAAUGGUGGUGGUUUAGUUAAAAUAGCAAAUAGUCCAACACAUAAUAAUAAUAUCAAUGGUCAAAGUGCAUUAACAAACACACGAUUACAACAUUCACAGUCUACUGAUGAUUUUGUACCAUUACGAAAUUAUCAAAUUAAUACAGCACUUCAUAAUGGUGGUAAUAUGACAAGAAAUACUUUAUUAGCAUUAAGUGCAACACCGAAACCAAAAUAUACAGAUGCAUGGGUGCAACAAUCAACACAACAAAAUCAUAGUAAAUUAACUCAUCAAUCAAUAUCAGCUGAUAGAGCUCAUGAAGCAUGGUUAAAUCAACAAAAACGUAAAUCUGUGCCAGAUAACUUUAAUUAUAAUAAACAUUGGCUAAUACAAGAAGCUGAACAACGUCGUAUUGAUCAACAACGUGGUUUAUCUAGACAAAAUUAUAAUGGUGUUAGUAAUGCAACAACAAUAAGUACUAACGGUUGGACAAACAGUGCAAUACAAAGAAAUGGAUCCAGUGAUAAUAAACCAUUACCUGAUUCUGUAAUACAAACAAUUACACAACGUGUUCAAAGUAAAGGUAUUGGCGAAAGGAAAAGACUUGAAGCUAUUUCCACAGAAUCCCUAAAUUCAUCAUCAAAUUCCAUAAUGAAUUCGCGUACAGUUAAUUCACCUAUCAACUCAUCCUCACAUAACGACGGACAAAAUUUGUCCCAGACACAGCAAGAUAAAGUUCUUAGUGUUAGUGGUAGAAAGAAAUGUUCACAUUGCGGUGAAGAAUUAGGUCGUGGAGCAGCUAUGAUAAUAGAAUCUUUAAGGCUCUUCUAUCAUAUUAGUUGUUUUAAAUGCUGUGUUUGUCAUGUACAACUCGGCGAUGGUUUAAAUGGAACCGAUGUUCGAGUACGAAAUCAAAAGCUUCACUGUCAAAAUUGUUAUUCAAGCGAUGAUGGCAUUAAAUUUAGUUGCGUUUAAUAUAAUAAAAUAAUUUAAAAAAAAAAUAUAUAUAUAAAUCGCUUUUUUUCUUUUUUUUUUUUUAUAAAUAAAUUAAUUAUAUAAUUAAUUGAAUAAUAAUAAUAAUGACAACAAAAAUAAUAUUAUUAUUAAUAUUUUAAUUAAUUAUUAGUUAACUACAAAAUACAUUAUUAACAUUUAUAUUAAGAAAAAAAUUUAAAUUUAAAGCAUUUCGAAAAUUUAAUUAAAUAAAAAACAAAAAGAAAAGAAAAUCAUUAAUUUUAAUAUUUGUUUUUGAAUUAAAGCUGCACUUAAUUAACAAUUCUAAACACAAAUAAACAUUUUAUUUUUCAACAAAAAAAAAAAAUUAUUACAAAAAUUUAAAUAAAUAUUACUUAUACAUACUCGUACA